AUGACAGAACCCCCCGCCUCCCCCGGCUCAUCCCCGAUUCUUCCGGAGAUCGACGAAAAGACUAUGGCCGCCUUCCCGACGGGCAAGCCGCGAGAAGAAGAUCAUCUGGAGACGGUCAUCUGUAAGACCUGCAAGAGGCCGGUCCUCAAGCAGAAUGCUGUGGAACACAUCCGCGGCUGUAUUCGAGCGAAGCAGGAGAAGGCGCGCCAGCGGAAGGAGGCGCGCGAUGCGGCGAAUCGGGCCAAGGCCGGUGAUAAGGAUGAUACCGAGGAGGUGGGCGUGGGCGGCGCCGGCGGUGCGGGAGGAGGACCCGGCGGGGAGAAAGGGGAAGCAGGAGAGGAUUCGUCGAUGAAGGGCCAGAAGGGCGCGAAGAAGAGCGCCGCCAAGGGGAUGGCGGCGGAGAUCGGGGCGAAGAAGGGCACGAAGCGGAAGACGGAGGCCGGGGAUGGCGACGACAAGGAUAGCAAGGAGCCCAAGACGAAGAAGAAAAAGAAGGAGGAGCCCAAACCGAAGACCGCCAAACCGAAGGGCCCCGUGGAUGUCGAGAAACAGUGCGGUGUUACUCUGCCGAAUGGGGCCCAGUGUGCGCGCUCUUUGACUUGUAAGAGCCAUUCGAUGGGUGCGAAGCGAGCGGUCCCUGGACGUUCGUUACCAUACGACAUGUUGCUGCAGGCGUAUCAGAAGAAAAACCAGGCGAGGCAGCAGAAGGCUGCUAUCGACGCCAACGCGCCGCUGCAGGACGAGCAAGAUAAUAACGGUCCGGUUGACUCGGAUGAAGAGAAGGAUGCCGUGAUGGCGGCGAUCACGCGCUCACAUCCACAGCCUCUUGUCAGUCACACCUUGAUCUCGACCAAGAAGAAGUACCAGUAUGUGCGCAUCAAGGAGAUGCUGUCGCAUGCUCUGGGCGGCUCGCGCGGCGGUGGCCUCUUCUCGACCGGCGACAACACCUCAUCUACGCCUUCUCUGUUCUCCGAAGGGAAUCUUUUCACCCCCGUGGACGAAGUCGACAUGGCUUUACCGGUCUCUGCAACUGUGCCGGAUAAUGCGAUAGAUGCUGAUACGAAAACUCCGGCCGCACCUGCGCCCAAGAAACUUUCCGUGGCGGCAAGCUCGUGA